UGGAGAUGAAAGCAGAGCCAAAGAUUCCUUAUCAGACUUCACCUAAUUUGUAGGGUGACGAACACUCUGCCGCCCUUCGCCAACAUUACAAAACUUCACCUAAUUCUCCUUCUUUUACCACUCCGCCAUGGAAACCACCUCGAAUUCUCUUCAAACCCUCAUAGAUUCCCUCAAUUUCUUGCUCCCAUGGCGGUGGAUUGACGCCGCCGAUAACCAAUCCCGUCUCCUCUUCACCGUCUUCUUCGCCGGUCUACUAAUUUUCCUCUAUACUAAAGUUACGCGUCGGCGCGUGCCUCUACCACCAGGUCCUCUGGGAGUUCCCCUGCUUGGAAACCUGCCGUUUCUGGACCCGGAACUUCACACCUAUUUCAGAGACUUGGGGCAGAAAUACGGGCCAAUUGUAAAGCUCCAAUUGGGUAAUAAGGUGGGUAUAAUCGUCAAUUCACCCUCCGUGGCACGCGAGAUUUUGAAAGACCACGAUGUCACGUUCGCCAAUCGUGACGUUCCUCAGGCUGGGAGAGCCGCCACGUACGGCGGUUCCAACAUAGUUUGGAACCCGUAUGGAAGCGAGUGGCGAAUGUUGAGAAAAGUUUGUGUGGUCAAGAUGCUGAGCAACGCCACUUUGGAGUCCGUAUACGAUCUCCGCCGUAGAGAGGUCAGAAACACCGUUGCUAACCUGUAUGGGCGAGCCGGGUCGGCGGUGAAUGUGGGCGAGCAAGGUUUUUUGACGGUUUUCAAUGUGGUUACGGGCAUGUUGUGGGGUGGGAUAAUGGAGGGGGACCAGAGGGAUAGCCUUGCAGCUGAGUUCAGAGAGACAGUUUCUGACUUCACUGAGCUACUUGGUAAGCCUAAUGUUUCUGACUUUUUUCCAAGCUUGGCUCGUUUCGAUCUCCAAGGCAUUGAAAAGAAGAUGCGCAAGCUUGCUCUCAAAUUUGAUACCAUUUUCGAGAACAUGAUCAAUCAACGACUCAAAAUUGUGGGUGGGGAGGACGGCCAGAGUGCCCAGAAUCAUGAUUUUUUGCAGUUCUUACUUGAGAUGAAAGAUGCCGGCGACUCCAAAACUCCUCUCACCAUGAUCCAUCUCAAAGCCUUGCUCAUGGAUAUGGUGAUUGGCGGGACAGACACAUCGUCAAACACCGUAGAGUUUGCGCUGGCAGAGAUGAUAAACAACCCUGCAACUCUGAAGAAAGCACAGGAAGAGGUAGCCGCCGUGGUGGGAGAAGACAACAUGGUGGAGGAGUCCCACAUUCAUAGUUUGCCAUAUUUAAAGGCCGUAAUGAAAGAAACAUUGCGUUUGCACCCAAUUCUACCGCUGCUAGUGCCACACUCCCCAAGUGAGACCACCACCAUCUCCAAAUACACAAUCCCAAAGGGCUCUCGAGUGUUCAUCAACGUGUGGGCCAUUCAGCGAGACCCCAACCAAUGGGAAAAUCCAUUGGUGUUCGAUCCGGAGAGGUUUCUGGACAACCAGACGUGGGAUUUUGGUGGGAGUGAUUUUCGAUACUUCCCAUUCGGGUCGGGCAGAAGAAACUGUGCAGGGAUAGGCAUGGCGGAGAGAACGUUCAUGUACUUGCUUGCUACGCUCUUGCAUUCCUUUGAUUGGAAGGUGGAAGAGGGUAAGAAACUGGAAAUUGAGGAGAAAUUUGGGAUUGUUUUGAAGAUGAAGACACCUCUUGUUCUCAUCCCAACGCCCAGGCUAUCGGAUCCCACUCUGUAUCACUAAGCUUAUUGGUAUCUCCAAACCAUACAAAUUUUGAUAC